AAGAAAUUACAGGACUUAUUCCAAAAUUUUAUGAUAUGUGUGAAAAUUCCUGUAUAUGUUAUACUGGACUUUAUGAAACUUAUCAAAGUUGUCCAUUAUGUAAUUCAUUAAGAUAUGAUUCAAAAAAUAAAUCUAAAAAAGUAAUGCCAUAUCUUUCUAUUAAAAAGAGAUUGGAGAUUCAAUAUAAUAAUAAAAUAAGGGCUGAAGAAUUACUUUAUCGAUAUCGAUAUAUUACUAAUAAGGAGAUUGAAUCUGAAGAUUUAGAAGAUAUUUUUGACGGAAAUAUGUAUAAAGAUUUAUUAGAAAAAGAUUUCUUUAGUGAUCAAUGA